UUCGACGUAACUCUGACGUCAUGCGGAUGCGACACUAAGCAAACGUGCGGAGAGUGUUGUUUUCAGAGCUACUGUUUUGUCUUUAUAUUUUAUAAAUCCUCUUUUUAGGUCACUAUGGAUGACGAGGAAGAGACUUAUCGGUUAUGGAAAAUUCGCAAAACUAUAAUGCAGCUCUGUCACGACCGUGGUUACCUAGUGACGCAAGAUGAAUUGGAUCAGACCCUCGAUGAGUUCAGAAGUCAGUUUGGAGACAAACCCAGUGAGGGUCGACCACGACGAACCGAUCUCACAGUCCUGGUCGCCCACAACGACGAUCCAACUGACCAGAUGUUUGUUUUCUUUCCUGAGGAACCCAAAGUUGGCAUCAAAACCAUAAAGAUGUACUGCCAACGUAUGCAAGAGGAGAACAUCACACGGGCCAUUAUUGUAGUACAGAUGGGUAUGACCCCUUCAGCCAAACAGUCUCUAGUAGAUAUGGCACCAAAGUACAUACUCGAGCAGUUUCUUCAACAAGAGCUUUUAAUCAACAUCACUGAACACGAGCUUGUUCCCGAACACAUAGUGAUGACUAAAGAGGAAGUGGUCGAGCUGUUGGCAAGAUACAAACUAAAGGAAAGCCAGCUUCCCAGAAUUCAAGCUGGGGAUCCCGUGGCCCGAUACUUUGGUCUAAAGAGAGGCCAGGUUGUUAAGAUUAUCAGACCAAGUGAGACUGCUGGACGGUACAUCACGUACAGAUUGGUCCAGUAAUUUGAUUUCACCUGCUCUCCGACUUCUGAAAAGUUGAAGUACUUUCACAGAACAUUCUUGUUAUUGAUAACAUUUUUAUUUCUUUUUCAAUAAAUAUAAUUUUGUGACUCUG